GGUCCUUCCGGCCGGGCCGUCCGCGCUUUUGUCCCGCCGGCGGUCGGGCUCCCGCGGCGCCGCCACAGCCAAUGAGGAAACUACUGCUCAAAAAGUGUCACAUUUGAGGACGGCCACUGAGGAUGAGGAAUCAACUGAAAAGUAUGAAAACUUUGGAAAUGCAGAACCUAAGUGGCCCAAAGUGGAAGGUCUUCACAAGGAUCAUAUGCAGGAAUCUAAGGUUGGUGAAACUUGUGAUUGGGAUAGGCAGGUAGAAAAUCAAUUGGAAAAGCCAGAGGGAAAAAGAAUGAAGGAAGACAAAAGUGGCAACAGGAAAAAGAUUGACAAAGCCAAGAACACAGCAAAUAUAAAGACAGAACAGGAAGAUGAGGCAUCUGAGAAAAGCUUACAUCUGAGCUCAAAACAUGUUACACACCAAACUGUCCACGUAGAACAGAAAAGCAGUGAACAAGGCAAAUGCAUGGAGAACAUUAAUGGAAACACUCAUCCCAGUCUACAGCAGAAAACCAGUGUUGUUAAGAAAUCACAUAAAUGUGAUGAGUGUGGGAAAUCCUUCAAAUAUAAUUCCCGCCUUGUUCAACAUAAACUUAUGCACACUGGGGAAAAACGCUAUGAGUGUGAUGACUGUGGAGGGACUUUCCGGAGCAGCUCAAGCCUUCGGGUCCACAAGCGGAUUCAUACUGGGGAGAAGCCGUACAAGUGUGAGGAAUGUGGGAAAGCCUACAUGUCCUACUCCAGCCUUAUAAACCACAAAAGCACCCACUCUGGGGAGAAGAACUGUAAGUGUGAUGAAUGUGGAAAAUCCUUCAAUUAUAGCUCUGUGCUGGACCAGCAUAAAAGGAUCCACACAGGGGAGAAGCCCUAUGAGUGUGGCGAGUGUGGGAAGGCCUUCAGGAACAGCUCUGGGCUCAGAGUCCACAGAAGGAUUCACACAGGGGAGAAGCCUUAUGAAUGCGACAUCUGUGGGAAAACCUUCAGUAACAGCUCUGGCCUCAGGGUUCAUAAAAGGAUCCACACGGGUGAGAAGCCCUAUGAAUGUGACGAGUGUGGGAAGGCUUUCAUUACAUGCAGAACACUUCUAAACCAUAAAAGCAUCCACUUUGGAGAUAAACCCUAUAAAUGUGAUGAGUGUGAGAAAUCUUUUAAUUAUAGCUCUCUCCUCAUUCAGCAUAAAGUCAUCCACACUGGAGAGAAACCUUAUGAAUGUGAUGAAUGUGGGAAGGCUUUCAGGAACAGCUCAGGCCUCAUAGUUCAUAAAAGGAUCCACACAGGAGAGAAACCUUACAAGUGUGAUGUCUGUGGCAAAGCGUUCAGCUAUAGCUCAGGCCUCGCAGUCCAUAAAAGCAUUCAUCCUGGGAAGAAAGCCCAUGAAUGUAAGGAGUGUGGGAAAUCCUUUAGCUAUAACUCACUGCUUCUUCAACAUAAAACUAUCCACACUGGAGAGAGACCUUAUGUAUGUGAUGUGUGUGGGAAAACUUUCAGAAACAAUUCAGGCCUCAAAGUCCACAGGAGGCUGCAUACCGGGGAAAAACCAUAUAAGUGUGAUGUUUGUGGGAAAGCCUAUAUCUCACGCUCUAGCCUUAAAAAUCACAAAGGAGUCCAUCUUGGAGAGAAGCCCUAUAAAUGUAGCUACUGUGAGAAAUCCUUCAACUAUAGUUCUGCCCUUGAACAGCAUAAAAGAAUUCAUACCAGGGAGAAACCCUUUGGGUGUGACGAGUGUGGAAAAGCCUUCAGAAAUAAUUCUGGUCUUAAAGUACAUAAACGAAUCCACACUGGGGAGAGACCUUACAAAUGUGAAGAAUGUGGGAAAGCCUACAUCUCACUCUCAAGCCUUAUAAAUCAUAAAAGUGUACACCCUGGGGAGAAGCCCUUUAAGUGUGAUGAGUGUGAGAAAGCCUUCAUCACAUACCGAACCCUUAUAAACCACAAAAAAAUUCAUCUUGGAGAGAAGCCCUACAAAUGCGAUGUGUGUGAGAAAUCUUUUAAUUACACCUCACUGCUUUCUCAACACAAAAGGGUCCAUACUAGAGAGAAACCCUAUGAAUGUGACAGGUGUGAGAAGGUCUUCAGAAACAACUCAAGCCUUAAAGUUCAUAAAAGAAUCCAUACUGGAGAGAAGCCCUAUGAAUGUGAUGUGUGUGGAAAAGCCUACAUCUCACACUCAAGCCUUAUUAACCAUAAAAGUACCCACCCUGGCAAGACACCUUAUACAUGUGAUGAAUGUGGAAAAGCUUUUUUCUCAAGCAGAACUCUUAUAAGCCAUAAAAGAGUCCAUCUUGGGGAGAAACCCUUCAAGUGUGUCGAGUGUGGGAAAUCUUUCAGUUACAGCUCACUCCUUUCUCAACACAAGAGGAUUCACACGGGGGAGAAACCCUAUGUAUGUGAUAGGUGUGGGAAAGCCUUCAGGAACAGCUCCGGCCUCACAGUGCAUAAAAGGAUCCACACAGGCGAGAAACCCUAUGAAUGUGAUGAGUGUGGAAAGGCAUACAUCUCACACUCAAGUCUUAUCAACCAUAAAAGCAUCCACCGUGGGAAGCAGCCCUAUAAUUGUGAGUGUGGGAAAUCCUUCAAUUAUAGAUCAGUCCUCGACCAACACAAAAGGAUCCACACUGGAAAGAAGCCAUACCGAUGUAAUGAGUGUGGUAAGGCUUUUAAUAUCAGAUCAAAUCUCACUAAGCAUAAAAGAACCCAUGCAGGAGAGGAAUUUUUAAAUGUGAUGAAUAUUGGAAGUUGUGACACAUCCCAGAAGAGAACCUACGAGGGAGGGAAUACCCUGGAUGGGACCAGAAUGGGGAUGCCUCUGUAGCAGGCAGAGCUUACCCAGUCUCAGCAAACUCAAAUGGAAAAAAAUCCUUAUGAAUGUAAGAAUGUCUGAGGUUCUUAUUCAUGGCUUAUAAUUUACAUAGUAUAAAUGAAACUGUUCUAUAUGAUCAUGAGUAAUCUUUUCUAUGUAAUUUUCAAUCAUAGCCAGCAAGGAAGGCUCCAGUGUCAAGGUAGUUGAGCCCUUAUGGAAUAUACAAUAGUCCUUAUUGGGAUAAAAUCUAUUAAAGUGAUGGAAUGUGACAAAAAUCUUCAAUAUAAGCAGACAUUUCUGGACAUAAAAGAAAACACAAAUGGAGAAAGGACUUUAAUUAGAAAUCAUGUAGUCGCCAUCCGAAAGUUUAUAUUUGGGUAAAUUCUGUGAAUAGAAAUGUAGGAAAUUCAAGUAUAGCUUUGCAUACAAAUUAUACAUUGGUCAGUGGAAAAAAAAUCCAAGAAGGGCCUCCAGUAGGCAAAUUCAGGGAGAGAUAGGCUUCAGGGAAUAUAAAUUUAUUUAAUAAUCAUGAUGAUGAAGUAUAACCUGAUGUAAUUGAAUGGUUUGGGGGUGGCAGUGAGAUGACUUCUGAAACAAAAUUUGGAUGUCCUUGUAGGAAAAGUAAAAAGCAUAGACUGUUAUAAAUCUAACAAGAGAUAGGAGAGAAUUACUCAUAAAAAAUGCAAAUUGAUUAGGAUGUAGUAUUGUAAUAAACUAGUUGAAUGGGUGAAAUGUCUUAAAAUUUUCAGAUGAACCCCCUCAAUGAAUAACGAAUGUGUGAUGAGUGAAAACCUGGAAAGCAGUAUUCACACAUUAUGCUACAAUAAAAGGUUCUCCCAUGGGGGAGAUUUGGCAUAUUCAGUAACUAAUGGAUUACAUCUUUAACAUAAAUUUGCACCUUACCUGACAGAAAGAUUCAAUUCAGGGAUUCCUGUCAAUAGCAAUGUUGGGAAGGAGGGCAUUUUAUUGCAGGAGCUAAAAAGCUAAAUAGCUACCAGUAAUUGAGAGAAAGGUAGAAAUUCAUGUUUCUUAGUAAUCCUGUUCAAUGUUUGAUUGUUUUAGAAUGUGUUAUUGUAAAGACUUCACGCAUUACAUAUGUAUAUUGUCUGUUGUGAAAUGUUAUGAAUACUUUGUCUAGGGCUCACUCUGUCUUUGCCUUGAAGGCCAGAUGGUUGUGGCAAAGUAAGGUGGAAUUCCAAUAAAGAAAUUCCUCAAGUGUAAA